AUGGCCCAAUACUAUCCACAACAACAGGGCUACGCGCCCCAAGGCUCCGCACCGCAAAAUCUCCAGUUCUUCCCCUCAUCCUACUCCUCAGUCUCUGGUCACACAACUCCAUCGCAAGCAUCCUAUGGCGCCGGAUUUGGCGGUGCUGCAAACCCCUCUACGCAAGCUUACCCUGCGAGUGGCGGAUAUGGCGGCUUCGGGUCUCCGGCCGCUGGCGUUAGUGGACGGAUGGGCGAACAGGGUGGCUUAAGGACGGGUUGGUUGGCUGCAUUUGGUACGGAAGGGUACGAUGGUGAACCGCCAUUGCUAGAAGAGUUGGGUGUCAACUUCGAACACAUUCGGACCAAGACUUUGACCGUUUUGAAUCCCUUCGCCUCGAUUGACAAUCAUCUUAUGGACGACAGCGAUCUUUACGGAGCUUUGCUCUACAUCGUUUUGUAUGGCACCUUUUUGCUUCUCUCGGGCAAGGUGUUCUACGGUUAUAUCUACGGCGUUGCCGUCUUCGGCACCGUUGCUUUGCAUUUGAUCCUCAGCCUCAUGUCUCCAGCUCUCGAUGCGGUCCCGACCCCCAACGCUGCGGACCCUACCAAUUACAACCCCCACCACAAACCCUCCAUGUCCGGCGCCUCGGCCGCGGGUCAUUUCUCCGCUACUCUGACCUUCCCACGCUCCGCCAGUGUGCUAGGAUACUGCUUCCUUCCUUUGGUACUUACUAGUCUCAUUGGUAUUCUCCUCCCCAUGGAUACCAUGUUCGGGUAUCUCUUGACCAUUGCCGCCGUUGGCUGGUGCACAUACAGUUCGUCGGGGAUGUUCUGCGCUGUGGCACGCAUGAGUGGCAUGAGGGGUCUCGUCGCGUAUCCGUUGGCUCUUUUCUACGUCGUCUUUGGAAUUAUGGGUAUCUUCUCUUCACGUGGCACUGGCUCCCUGGCUGUGAAAACGGGAGCGGCUUGA